CUUCUUCGUCGUUGUGGACUGAAAUCUAUAUAUUUGUAUAUAUCUACAUAUUUUCUUCUUGUUCUAGUUGAAAGAUUUAGCUUCUAUGGUUUGCUAAAGUUAGAACUCAAUACAUAUUAGCUGUAUUCUCUAAAGUAAGUUUCAGAAAUGAGAUUUAUUGGAUAAAAUUGAAACGAAAUUGAUCAGGCUAAAUCUUUGUUUAUUGAGAUGCAGGAAGCGAAAAAAAAUUUGGGAUUUUUUUAAUUUUUUUUUCCUUAAAAAAACCCCCGGGACACAAUUCAUGGUCUUGUAUUCCAAAAAAUGCAUUAAUGGUAUUCGAUUCCUGCUUGAUUCAUCAGUAUCCUGUACACAUUUCCAUGCUUCCUGUGAAAAUCGUUCAAUACUUGCUCUUUCUUCUUCCAAUUUGUCUUCUCCGCUUGGGUCUUUACAUUAUGAAGAGGAGGAAAAGUUGUCUGACCUUGAUGUUGUGGUAGCCAAAGUUCGUCUUGGAAGCAGUGAUUCUGAAGUUGUUAAGUGUCUUGUGGAUGAUCCACAAUGCCAGAAGAUUAAGGUGACACAAGACCUUGUUGAUAGGUUGCUUCGUCGUUUUAAGGAUGACUGGAAAUCUGCAUUGGGUGUUUUCAAAUGGGCAGAGUCACGCUCUGGAUUUAAACACACCCCAAAUGCAUAUGAUGUGCUACUAGACGUACUGGGAAAAAUGAAGCAAAUGGAUAAAAUGAUGGGUAUGUUGGGAGAAAUGCACCGUGAUAGUCAUCCAAUCACGCUUAACACUGUAGCUAAGGUUAUGAGAAGGUUUGCUGGUGCUGGAAAAUGGGAAGAUGCAGUGAGGAUGUUUGAUGAAGUGGAUGCUUAUGGAUUAGCGAAGAACACAGAAGCCAUGAACUUGUUGCUUGACACCCUUUGUAAAUCGAAUAAGGUUGAGCAGGCCCGGGAAAUAUUCUUGGAGCUGAAACAGCACAUUUCUCCAAAUGCUCAUACUUUUAACAUUUUCAUUCAUGGUUGGUGCAAAGUUAAUCGGGUUGAUGAGGCACAUUGGACAAUUCAAGAGAUGAAAGGACAUGGUUGCCGCCCUUGUGUGAUUAGCUACUCCACUAUUGUCGAAUUUUAUUGCCGCAGGUACAACUUUGGUAAGGUCUAUGAAAUGCUUGAUGAAAUGCAAGCUCAAGGGUGCCCGCCAAAUGUUGUCACUUUCACCACUAUCAUGUGUUUUUUGACUAAAUCAGAGGAGUUUGAGGAAGCUUUACAGAUAGCAGAGAGAAUGAAAUCAGUUGGAUGCAGCCCCGAUACACUUUUUUACAAUGCUUUAAUUCACGCGCUAGGUAGAGCUGGCCAAGUGCAGGAGGCUAUUCAGGUUUUUGAAGUUGAGAUGCCCAUGUGCAGUGUGCCCCCUAACACAUCAACCUACAAUACAAUGAUUGCCAUGUUUUGCCAUCAUGGUCAAUCACGAAAGGCCUUGGAUCUUCUCACAAAAAUGGAAAUUUCAGGGGUUUGUAAGCCCGAUGUUCAGACAUAUUACCCAUUACUCAAAGCAUGCCUUAGAUAUGGCCAAGUAGACAGUUUGAGCAAAUUAUUGGAUGACAUGAUCAGAAGACAUCAUCUUAGUCUUGAUAUAUCAACCUAUACACUUUUAAUUCAUGGGUUGUGUAGAGCAAAUAAAUGCGAGUGGGCUUACCAUCUUUUUGAAGAGAUGAUUGGUCAAGAUGUAAAACCCAGAUAUCAAACAUGUCGUCUGCUCUUUGAUGAGGUCAAAGAAAAGCAUAUGUAUGAUGCUGCAGAUCGUAUUGAAUAUGUCAUGAAGAAAUUGUAGAUGUCUUAGGCCAACCUCCCAAGGGUCUUUCUGUAAAACUGGAUUUUCUAAGUAUCUCUUGUAAUCAUAUCUUGGAGGGUGACGUUUUGUCUCAGAUUCAGAGCUUCUUCUAUGGACCCCCAACAUCUCUCAAACAUAACAUGUGCACCGUCGAUAUAAAUUUAGUUUAUUUAUAUACCAAACCGACCUAUGGAUCCGGACUGGUGAUUGUGUACAUGGUGGUCUCUUGGGCUGUUGGCUUAUUAAUCUACAGGUGCAGCAACAUCACGUGUAUGUUUUGUGUUCUUAAUCUAAUAAAGAUGGAGUAUCAAAUCUCGUGAUCCAAUGAUGCUGGUGACAAAUUAGAUAAAACCAGGACUUGACUAGCUGGACCAAGAGAACCUCAAUCCUGUCUCUAUUACAUUAACUAUGACAAAGUUUUAGCCAUGUGAGGGAGGGUCCACUUUUGUGAUUGUUUCAUCAGAAUAACCUUUAUGACACGUGGGUGACAAUACCUCUUAAUCAUUUGCCUCCCUUUCUAUUUCUUUCCUGAGCCUUAAUAUUAUUUGUAUUUGAUUCCUGAUUGUAAAGCUUUUUAGAUAUUGAAGAUAGAAAUUAGAUUCUGUAUAAGCAACUAACUCUUUCUUCUCCAUAAUGGAGAACCCACUUUUGUUGAUUUAAGUCAAGUGUUCCCCAUUAUACCAAAA